AUGGCGUUCAGGCAAAUAGUCACACGCAGUCCUCUGCUCCUCGCACGACCAGCGCUCUCCCUCCGCACCCCCCUCCGCAUCGCCCGUACCCUCCCCACCACCUCAUCCCUCGCCACAUCGCCCUUCUCGACGAGCUCGCGGCGAUUCCAGCUGCCUCCCGUCGUACCUCCCCCUGGGCAGUCUCAACCGCUGCCUAACGGAGAUAAGGUGAUUAAUCCUAAACCCUACGUGCUUACUCGGUGGAGACGGUUCCUUCAGAACUUCGGUCGAGUAACGCUCGUCCUGCUCUUGACCGCCACCGGAGCUUUCAUCUACGUGACCCAAGUCCAGGCUCACCCGGGAGAACAGCUCCCCGCAGACAAGACCAAGCCCACCCUCGUCGUCCUUGGUUCAGGAUGGGGAGCCACCUCAUUCCUCAAAUCCCUCGAUACCGAGGAAUACAACGUCGUCGUCAUUUCACCCCGAAAUUACUUCCUCUUCUCGCCAUUGCUUCCGUCAGUAACAGUCGGUACACUCGAGCCAAGGUCGAUCAUCCAGCCGACCAGGUACAUUACGAGGCACAAGAAGCGGGCGGUCCAGGUGUAUGAGGCGGAGGCGAGGGAUGUUGACCCGAUCAACAAGACGGUCACUUUCCAGGAUCUCUCCGAUAUCCGGGGUGAAGCUGGUUCCGUCACCAUCAACUACGACUACCUCGUCUACGCCGUAGGCUGUGAGAACCAGACAUUCGGUAUCAAGGGUGUCAAGGAGCACGCUUGUUUCCUAAAGGAGCUCAGCGAUGCCGACAAGAUCAGGCAGAGGCUGCUGGACUGUGUUGAGACAGCCGCGUUCAGAGAUCAGGACGAGAAGGAGAUUGACCGAUUGAUGCACAUGGUGGUCGUCGGUGGUGGACCUACCGGUGUCGAGUACGCCGGCGAGCUGCACGACUUCUUGAUCGACGAUCUUCGCAAGUGGUACCCCGAAAUCGCCGACCGUCUCCGGAUCACCCUGAUCGAAGCGCUCCCGAACGUCCUUCCCGCCUUCUCCAAGCAGCUUAUCCAAUACACCGAGUCCACCUUCAAGGAGAACAAGAUCGACGUCCUCACCCGCACCAUGGUCAAGGAUGUCCAAGCCGACCGGGUCGUCGUCCAGGAUGCCAACAAGGAGAUGCGCGAGAUCCCCUACGGUCUCCUCGUCUGGGCGACCGGUAACACCUCUCGCGAGAUUACGCGCAACCUCAUGGCCAAGCUGCCGCGCACGCAGACGCAGCGACGGGGUAUCGAGGUGGACGACUACCUCCAGAUGAAUGGUGCGCCGGGUAUCUACGCUGUCGGUGACUGUACGGCGACGGCGUAUGCGCCGACAGCGCAGGUCGCUAGUCAGCAAGGCAUGUUCCUUGCCAACAUGUUUGGCAAGAUGGGGCAGAAGAUGAGGGCCGAAAGGCAGCUGCAGGAGCUCAAGGCGGAGGGUGGCGCUGCGGCGGUCGAGGCGGUCGAGGGGCUGGAGAAGAAGGUCACGAGGUACAGCAAGUUGACCCCGUUUCACUACUCGCACCAGGGCUCGCUCGCGUACAUUGGUUCCGAGAAGGCUAUUGCCGAUCUCCCACUCUUCAACGGAAACGUAGCGAGCGGUGGUGGUGCUGCCAUGAUCUUCUGGCGGUCGGCUUAUGUGUCCACCCUCUACUCGGUCAGAAAUAGGACCCUCGUCCUGGCGGACUGGAUGAAAGUCAAGAUCUUCGGACGUGAUGUCUCCCGCGAGUAA